AUGAUCACCUUCUAUGGGCAACCCUCUCCGUAUCCAUACCCCCAGGAGUGUUCCAAUUUUACCUACGACGCCAACUGUACAACACCAUGUACCUGUAUCCAGGACAACACCAAGUAUUGUAACAGCACCACUGGUCAGUGUGUUUGUAAGGAAGGAUGGACAUCAGAAAACUGUUCUGUGGACGUUGAUGAAUGCUAUGAAAACCCUUUGGCCUGUCCAGACUACUCAGAUUGUCAAAACUUAAACGGAACUUUUAACUGCACGUGUAAGCCUGGACUGGCCAUGGACAUAAGCAGUCAAUGUGUUGCUGAAGCCAGUAACAGUACCUGCUCAGAAAGGAACUGUUCCCAUGUUUGUGUGAAGAUCUCUAACCAGACAAGCUCUGCAGAACAGUGUUAUUGUCCCAUUGGAAUGAUGUUGGUUGAGGAUCAGUGUGUUGACUGCUCAAACAAGACCUAUGGACCAGACUGCUAUAGAACAUGUCGCUGUGCUUCCAACAACACGAAAAGUUGUGACACCCGUAGUGGCAACUGUAGUUGCUUGACCAACUGGACAGCAGAGUUUUGUACUUUGGAUGUUGACGAGUGUAAACUGCGCAUUCAUAACUGUCCACAAAAUUCAAACUGUACAAACACUUAUGGAGGCUACUUCUGUAAUUGUAGCCAGACACAAGGUUACACGGAGUCUGGAAACGGUUCAUGUACCACUAUAGACUGCAGCUCUGUGAUAUCAAACACCUCUGGAACCAUCACCAGUCCCAGAUACCCAUCCGUCUAUUUUAACAACGCCAACUGCUCUUGGCUGGUUACAGCAGAGGAGGGAAGUGUCGUCUCUCUCAGAUUUUCCUACUUCAGCCUCCCCAAUGAUUAUAAAUGCUCGACUGAUUAUGUGGAGGUUUACGAUGGAGUCAACGAAAGCGGCAGGCUAAUAGGAAAAUAUUGUAGCUAUAAUAAUAUCCCAAGCAUUAUACGAACUAGAGGAAACAGCAUAUAUAUGAAUUUUGUAUCUGAUUGGAGGAAUCAGUACCAGGGAUUUAGUGCGAACUAUACAUCACACACCUGUCGCAGUUUUACCUACGGCGUGACCUCAUGCGACACCAACUGUAAAUGUGUGAGAGAAAACAGCCAGUUCUGUGACAACACCAAUGGCGAGUGUAUCUGUAAGCCUGGCUGGACCAUGAGGGAUUGUUCUGUUGACGUCAAUGAAUGUCUGGGUACCAACAACAAGGUGUGUCCAGACAACUCGGACUGUGUCAACCUGCUGGGCAGCUACAGGUGUAACUGUCACCUGGGAUAUGUGUACAACUCUACAACCAAAACAUGUGAUGCAAGUUCUCAAUGUAUCAUCAAACAUUGCUCUGAUGCUUGCUAUGUUGUAAGUCCUGGUGUGGAGAAAUGUGUUUGUCCUGAAGGACUGGUGCUUGAAAGUAUGACACAACUUACAUGUGUUGUUCCCUUCUAUUCCUAUGGUGAAAGAGCUCAAGACGUUGUUUUAAAUAACCAAAUAAAGUUAAAUGGAUAUUUUGUUAGCCCGCCAAUAAUGUUUUCACGUGGACUUCCGUUUGAAGAGAAAUAUACGUUUGAAGCUAGAGUUUUCUAUAAUGGUGUGAUUACAUUCGGUCAACCAAACGCUGAGCUAAGUGGAAUACCUGAUCUAACUUUUGCCCAGGAAAGACAAAUGAACAUCAUAGCUCCAUUUUGGACUGACAUGAAUCCUUUGAAAGGAAAAGUGUAUUACCAUCUUUACGAAAACUGCGGCAAAGCAUCCAAUCAGAGCUCACCAGAAUUCAGCAAUGUGACGAAAAGAGCGAAAGAAGACAUAGCAAAAUUUCAUGACCUUUCUGGGAUAGAAUUAGAUACAGUUAUGAUUGUCACAUGGGAGAAUGUUCAACCGCCCUUAAUCUCUGGCAAAGAUUCAAGAGUAAACACUUUUCAAGCCAUUAUUGUUAGCGGCUGGGAAACAAUACGAAAACAAGGACAAAUAAUUUUAUUGGAUGAAAAGUCUACCUAUGUCACUUUUAUUUACCAGCAAGGAAAAAUGUUUUGGUACUAUGUUCCUAGAAAACCCUUGGCUAUUGGAAUUGUUGGUAAAAAUAUAAAAACACUAAAUGACCUGGACACGCCUUUAACUGGUGACUUGGAUAAAGUACCUGGAAAUACAGGUUUGAAUGGUGUCAUAAGUUUUGAGGUGGGUAAGGUAUCUGGGCCAGACCAGAUGUGUGAGAAAUAUCUGUGCCAACACACUGACCUUCUGACUGACCCUGUGUACGAGUUUGAGAAGCGUCAGCUGUACAAGUGCCCCUGUACACUGGAGAGACUUGGGCGUCAGUGGCAGCUCUAUGAGAGACGUGGGGAGAAACAAGAUGUUUACUGCUACGCCAUCAGCAGUCUGGCUAAGUUCAGGUUGUUGCAGGGAAACAAAAGGAAUAUGCUGUGCUGUUACCAUUGGACAAAACCAGCCAAUGGCGAUUGGAGAGACUGGCAACAAUCAUGGCUGGAAGCUUCUUAUAUCCCAGCAUCCCCAGACUCUGGACAUGUUUUGAUCAAUGACCCUUGGCAUAUGGGAUACUUCGAUAACUUUCAAGCUCUAGAAAAUAUACAAGCACACCAAUGGUGUUGUGUAGACUCUAGUCAAGUCAAACUUUGUAACCGGUUUUACCAGAUUUUUCCAGAUAUGGGAUGUUCAAAUUUUGUUGAAUUUGUGCCAGCUUCUGCACUAGGCGACCCUCACAUUAUGACAUUGGAUGGUGUCACUUAUGCUAUGAAUGGACUUGGUAUUUUUACCAUGAUCAAGACCAUGGACAAACAGUUUACUUUACAAGCCAAGACAUCGCAGGUUGAAAGCAGCUCAGGUACCCUAACUAACGCCACAGUUUUUACAGGAUUUGCAGCUCAAGAGUCUAACGAUACACACUUUCAAAUUGAAUUGGCUGCAUCAAAUACAUCUAUGUUGCUGUGGGUAAAUGGUAUCGAUAUCACAAAUGAUUUCUACAAGAACGUUGACUCAGAUGUUAUUGUGUCCACUAACUCAUUCAGUGUCAUCAGGGAAUACAGAUCCAAUAAAUCUAUAGCAGUGGCCAGUUUUGCCUCAGGUGUCAGCAUAGAAGUGAAUGUUGCUGUAAAAAGUCUGGAGAUUAUGUUUGAGGUCUCUAAGGAACUCCAAAACAAAACUCGAGGUUUGCUGGGAAACUUUAAUGGUAUCAAGACAGAUGAGUUCAUCCUUCCUAAUGGACAAGUUCUUCCGUCAAACUUAAGUGAAAGGGAAAUUUAUUACCAGUUUGCUAAACAAUGUAAUAAAAUUUUUAAAGGCUAG